AUGAUGAUCAUAGAGCUUGCUGAUGACAAGGGGAGAGUUCAAUGUGUUUUGUUUGAAGAGCAUGCCAAAUUUGUCACGGACUAUCUGUCUAUACAUUCUACUGAAGAAGCAAUCUUGGUUUUCCAGUUAGCCAAAAUAAAAAAAUUCAGAGGAAAAAGUGUGCUUCAAGGUGUAGUGGGUGCAACGAGGCUAAGUUUUAACGCUCAAAUCCCGGAGGUUUUAUCAUUCUGGAAUGAGAUUAUGGUGACUGAUACUCAGUUUGCUGAUGAAGCUGGGUUUAAUAUGAUUGAAAAUUCUGUUGUUUCAGUGUAUGAUGAUUUUAUUAAGAAUCAUCCAAGAAAAACUGUGAAAUCAUUGAAUGAAACGAUUGAGGAUGGAGAUUUUGUUGUUCGAGCGAAGAUAGUUACACUUUUGGAAGAUGAUAGCUGGUGGUACCUAGCUUGCAAGUGCUCUCGUGCAGUUAUGAAUGAGAAUGGGCAUUAUUACUGUUCUGGCUGCUUUAGACUUGUUAAUUAUGUUGCUCCUAGGAUUAAGCUACAAGUCUCUGAUGGGGUAGAUUCUGCUGAUUUUGUGAUGCCCGAUUCAAUUGCUGAAAAUCUGCUAAAGAAAACAUGUAGUCAGAUGCUAAAUGAAGUUGAGGAUCCGAACUGCACUCGUGCUACCACUGUUAUGCAGGAAGGGUUGGUUGGAAGGGAUUUGCUAUUUAAGGUUGAGAAGAAUUUGGUUAAUGUGUACAACUUUGAGGAUCCAUAUACUGUGAAACGUGUUUGUGAUGAUUUUGAUCUUAUGGAAGUGUUUAUGGCAAAUUCAUCUGUUGAGACUCCCAUUAUGGCAAAGUUCCCCAGUUCAUUUUCUGAGUUGAAACUUGAUGAUUAUGAGAUAGAUAUGGAGUUAUUGGGAAGCCCUCCUGAUUUAGUGGUCCCUGUGAUUGUGAAGCCAGCUAUUGAAAGGAGCAGUACAGAAUAUGGUGGUUGCUCAAAAUCAUUCAAGAGAAAGCUAGAGGAUGAAUUUGUUGUGGAGGAAGAAUUUCAGAAUGUGAAGUUUAAGGAGUGCAAGUAUGGAACAGAUUAG